CCUUCCUCAUGACGCAGCAGCCUGAAAUCAACUUUCAGCCCAGCCCAGCCACAACCCAUUGCUCCUUAUUUACCCUUCAAACAGGAAAAGCAACUCUCAGUGUAGCUCUUUCACAAAUUUUCUACGUCAAGCCUCACUAAAGGGCUGCUUUAGUUAACAUUAGGCUGGACACAUGGUUCACAGGUGACAAUUUGCCUUAGGACGCUGGGGUGGUUUCCAGGUCGGACUUUCACCAGGCUGCAUCCCUGAAUUUCAAAGGGUGGCUCGUGACCACUGACCAUACCCUCAGUUGUGCUCUCUCCCCCCACCACCAUGCGGGUGGCAGGCAUCAUCCGGUUCGUGACACUGCUCAUCACACUGCUGGGCACCUGGUUCAUUGUGCAGACGUACUUUGAUCACAGAUGGGAAGCCAUCAGCCUGCGGAGCUGGCUCGGUGUCACCAGCAAGCCCAGAAGCGAGCAGCUGCCCCGGCACAAAUGUGGGAACAAGAAAAGCUGCCCCGAGAACUAUUUCGCCUUCAAGAUCACCAGCGGUGCUGCAAACGUGGUGGGACCCUCCAUCUGCUUUGAUGACAUGAUCCUCAUGAGCAAUCUGAAAAACAACAUUGGCAGAGGCCUGAACAUUGCACUGGUGAACGGAACAAACGGGCAGCUCCUGAAAGCUGACAUAUUCGACAUGUACUCUGGAGACACUGACAAACUGGAUACCUUCCUCCAAGAGAUCAAGCACGGCACCAUCGUGCUAACAGCCAGCUAUGAUGAUGCUGCCACAAAGAUGAAUGACAAAAUACGGGCCCAUUUUGUGGAACUGGGCAGCAGCCACGUGAGCAAGCUGGGCUUCCGGGACAAUUGGGUCUUCUUGGGAGCGAAAGGGAUGAAGAACAAGAGCCCCUUUGAAGACGUAUGUGGCCAUCCCCUGCCACCAGUUCUGGAGGCUCCCAUCCUCUUCAUUGUACCUCCCAAGCUACAUCUCACCUACCUGCCUGCAGAAGACGUGGGCCAGUGGUGUUAUCCCCAACAUCAAGCCAAGCUGCAGCACAUCAAAAAUGAUAAAGAUACAAAUAAAUACAACGGCUGGCCUGAGCUGCUGGAGAUGGAGGGCUGUGCCCCCAAGAAGAUGGAUUAGCAUCAAGCCCCAGCCUGCCAUGGAGGACAGACCAGUCUCACUGGUACACCAGCCCCAUUGUGGGGAGCCCAGCCCCACCACUGCCACAUCACACAGCCCAGCAGCGGCUGCCUGCUCCCAGGGACCAGCUGUUUCACAGCAGGGGCUGCGUGGGGCUUGGAGGAGAGCUGUACAAGUGCCUGCAGAGCCUCAGCAAAUGCCUGGCCAGGAGGUUUCAGCCCAGCUGUCCUUGUCUAUGGGUAAAUUGGGGGUAUUUUAUUUUUCUGUCUUUAACAAAAAACUUUGUAGAAGGUUUUUCAGAUUUCUUAAAUAAGAUAUCUAACUAU